AGUCGCCCUCUUGGGCCUUGGCUUGGCUUCUACCCUACCCUGCAAACACACGCUCUCUCCUCCCUCGUGGCCUCGUCACUUCUUCUCGCACUCGUGAAACAACAACAAAAAAAGGUUCGAUUUUUUCCCCCUUCGAUCGAUGGAGAACGCGCCGACGUCACACGCUCAUGGCGUCAGCCUCGACCUGCGCCUGGACCCAUCUCCGCUCCAUCGCUCCGCCGCGGUGCCCGUGCCCGCGCCGCCCUUCGCUGCCGACCACCGCCCGGGGGAGGCCUUCGCCUGCAACUACUGCCACCGCAAGUUCUGCAGCUCGCAGGCGCUGGGCGGACACCAGAACGCGCACAAGCUCGAGCGCACCCUCGCCAAGCGCAGCCGGGACAUCCUCGCCGCGCCUCCACCGUCGUCCCCGCCACCACCGGCCCCGGCCGUAGCCUUCCAUGCUGCCGCGCCGGAAAGCAACAGAAGGAGCGGGCUCGUGCCGACCGCGUACUACGGCGCCACGAGGCUCGCGAGGGAGGAGGACGCCAUGGCGCAGCAGGCGGCGCCACCGGGCUUCGCGAUGGGCUGGGGUGCAGACACUGCGGCCGCCGCUGAUGGUGGCUGCGGCCGCCUCGGCCUCGGCCACGGCCAUGGCCAGAGCGGGGAGGAGAUCGACUUGUCGCUCAAGCUCUGAGCAGAUGCUUUGCAUGCUUAGCUUGUUGAUUAGUUGGUGCAUGCAGCAUAUAUCUGGCGCGCGUACGUCCGUCCAAUUCAUCUCAUUCUCAGGCCGAUCCGGCGCAAGUCGUGUUAGAAUUUGCUAGCUAGCGGGUAGCCUUCUCUUGGAUCAGCAGCUGGUGCUUUGAGCUCUGACUAGAAUACGUAUGUGUAUAUAUAGCUGGCCUCUAUAUAUAAUUCAUGCAAUAAC